GUAAGCUCACUCCCUCUCUCUCGCUUUCUUUGGCUAUUUUCCAAGCUCGGUUUCUUCGAAAAAUUUGUACCUUUUGCAGCUCUAAUGCUAUCUCAAGCUACAUUAUUGCAAGUUUGCAACAUUCUUAAAGUUUGCAUCUUUCAAGUUUCAAGAGUUUAAUUGCUCUGCUUUUGAGCAAGAAAGUUUUAGUGAUGGGUGCAUCAGGAAAAUGGGUGAAAUCCCUUGUAGGUUUGAAAAAGUCUGAUAAAGAUGAAGACCAUGUAAAUCUCAAGAGCAAGAAAUGGAAGCUAUGGAGAAGCUCAUCUGGUGACUUGGGGUCUUCAUGGAAGGAUUUUAAAGGGAAAAAUAGAGCACCGUCAGAGGCAUCGGGUUCUUCACCAUUGACUGAUCCAUUCAGUACUGCAAUGGCUACUGUGGUUAGAGCUCCUCCUAAGGGUUUUAGGGUUGUCAGGGAAGAGUGGGCUGCUAUCAGAAUUCAAACUGCUUUCCGUGGAUUCUUGGCAAGAAGGGCUCUGAGGGCUUUGAAAGGAGUGGUGAGACUCCAAGCUAUAGUUCGAGGUCGACUAGUGAGAAAGCAGGCUGCUGUGAUGCUUAGGUGUAUGCGGGCUCUUGUUCGAGUUCAAGCUCGAGUCAGGGCUCAUCCUGUGCGAAUGUCUAUAGAAGGGCAGGCAGUGCAGAAUAUGCUAAAUGAGCGACAUAGCAAGGCUGAUCUCUUGAAACAUGCUGAGGAAGAGUGGUGCGAUGGCACGGGGACAUUGGAAGAUGUGAAGUCGAAACUGCAAAUGAGGCAAGAAGGAGCCUUAAAGAGAGAGAGAGCAAUUGCAUACUCCCUAUCUCAAAAACAAUGGAGAUCAAACCCCAGCUCAAAUAUUCGAACCAAUAGCUCGGUAUACUCAUUCAAGAAUCAGGAGUUUGAUAAGAAUAGCUGGGGAUGGAGUUGGCUUGAACGCUGGAUGGCAGCCAAGCCAUGGGAGUCUAGAUUGAUGGAGCAAUCCCACACUGAUCCCUCAGUGACUCCAUCGAAGUGUUGUGUAGAUGUGAACAUACAUUCAAAAUCCUCUGAACAAAGUUUAGUGAAAGUCAGAAAGAACAAUGUAAAUUCUAGAAUUUCAGCUAGGCCUCCAAUUGGGCAUAUUACUCGCGCAUCUUCCAGUCCAAGUUCUGAAUACCGCUUUGAUGAGAGUUCAGGUUCUUCAUCAAUUUGUACGUCAACAACACCAAUAUCAGGAAACACUGGCUUGGCCUCUGAUAAAACAGAGAAGAGCGGGGACAGGAGGCCAAAUUACAUGAACUUGACCGAGUCAACCAAGGCAAAGCAAAAAACAUCUGCUCAUUUAUCUCAUAGGAUCCAAAGGCAGUCUAUGGAUGAGUUUCAGUUUCUCAAAAAGUCAGGAGCUUUCUCAAAUGGAUAUUCGAAAAGCAGUGCUGGGUCUGAUCCAUCAGUUAAUUUAUCUAAGCCAACUAAGAGGAAUGGAUCAUUUGUAUGAUUAGAUGGGUUGAUUAAGAAGUUUCAACAACUUGUUGUACUCCGUUGUUGAGAUAUGUGUAUUAAUUUAGAAGCACUUCUUCAAUCAUUAUUGGCAAGCUUGAGCUAAGACAGCUUGGUGAGUUACUAGUGUUUUGAGGCUAUCCCUUCUGUUAAAUAGUUAAUUUUGGUUGUGCAUGUGAUCUUCACCAGUAGCCUCCAACUAUCAUACCAAAUUGUGACAGAUAAAUGGAUUUUUGCAGGACCUGAAUUGUUCUAGGA